AUGGGGCGUGGGUUUGUUGGAUCUUUGACUACGGCGGCGGCUCUGGCUUUAGCGCUUUCGACCCUGCUGCUGAAUAUAAUUGACGCUCAGGAAGAGGGAUGUCGGUGCAAACGUACCAUGAAAGGACGCGAACACCUGCAUCCAAAGCUACAUACACUACCAGUCAUGUCACUUGACGAGGAGCAUGAGCUCGAACAGCUUCCAAAGCACUUGGAUUGGUGUGAACGCGGUUUUUGCGUUCCAAGUUGGAAUCAGCACAUUCCGCAAUACUGUGGCUCAUGCUUUGCUCAUGGUGCUAUGUCAAGUGCCCAAGAUCGUAUCAAGAUCGCGAAUAAGCGUCUUAACUUCACCGGUGCAGACGUGAUGCUUGGUCGCCAGAGCUUUUUGAAUUGUGCACCUGGCCAUGGAUUAUCUGAUGGUUGCGAUGGUGGAGAAGCUGCAGAUGUGUACGAGUUUAUGCACCGCUAUGGACUACCAGACGAGUCGUGUUUGCCAUAUAAUGCAACGGACCACACCAAGUUCCACGCGACCAACGGCACGUGCCCUCCUCAUGGAUAUUGCAUGAAUUGUAUGUACACACCUGAUAGUAGAAAAGUGCCUCACUGCUUCCCUGUGACCAAGAUGGUGCGUUACCGUGCUAAGAACUACGGCCAUUUGUCGGGGGAGCUUGCUAUGAUGAAGGAAAUCAUGAAGGGCGGUCCCAUCACAUGUGGCAUUGCCUGCAAUCCCGAGUUUACUUACGAGUACAAAGCUGGCAUUAUCGAUGAUAAGACCGGGUUUCUGGAUCUCGACCACGAUGUUGAAGUUGUUGGCUGGGGCGAACAGGAUGGUGUAAAGUACUGGCACGUCCGAAAUUCUUGGGGAACGUACUGGGGUAUGAAUGGAUUCUUCAAAAUUGUGCGUGGCAAGAACAAUUUAGGCAUUGAGGCCGAUUGUGCAUUCAUGGAGCCAGACGUCAUCGAUGAAGAGCUGGUGUGGGAGGAGAGACCAAUUUAUGGCGGCUCUAUUUUCGGUAUUGUUCCGUUCGAGAAAUCCGCGAAAGAUUAUCCAAUCAAGGACACGUCCGAGGACAUAACGAAUCGCGAGGAUAAUGUGCUCGAUGCCUUUUACAUGGACUUCCCUAGAGUCCAGUCUAAAGGCAAUGCAAUGUCGUCUGCAAUGCUCGCUACCGUGUUUUUUGUAUCGGGUUGUGUCUGCGCUACCCUUGCUGCGGUGAUUGUUUUGAAAACUCGUGGCCGCCGCUACGUGUAUCGGCCGAUAUUCUGA